AUGGCUACUGCAGACGCGUUGAUUGCAAGUCUUCAGGACAUCAACGGGGAGAGCUUCGCGGAUAAGGCGGAGAGGAUACGAGCCAGAGAUGCGUUGUAUGAUGCGUUGAGAAAAGUCCAGACGCCGUGGGAUAUCGCGUGGGAUCACAUCGUGGUCAAGGGCGGCGGGAACGCGGCGAUCAAGACGCUCAUCGACGCUGGCGUAUUCAAAAAGUGGCACGAGGCUGGUGGUAAACCCAUUACCUGUACCAAGCUCUCAAAGCUGACCGGCGCCGACGAGCACCUCAUCCGCCGCAUGAUGAGGGCAAUAGCAGGCCAACGCCUCGUCAUAGAAACAGACCUCGACACCUACGCCCGCACGCCCUGGGCCCAGGCCCUCGGCGAAGACGCGCCUCUGCCGGCCAUGUACGGCGGCUUCUACGGCGAGCUGACGAACCCAAUGUUCCGCUCGCUGCCGUACUACCUCAAGAAGAACAGGUACCGGAACCCGACGGACAAGAACGACUGCAACUUCCAGCACUGGCGCGGGCCCGACGCCGUCUUCUUCAAGUACGUCGGCACGAACCCGCUGCUCACGUCCGACUUCAACGAUGUCAUGGAGUGCCAUUCGCGGGAUAACCUCACGGCGUGGACCGAGGUGUAUCCCACGGGCAAGAUCGUCGAGGGCGCGAUCCCGGAGAGGCCGUUGGUUGUUGAUAUCGGCGGCGGGAAGGGCCAUGAUUUGAGAAAAUUUCAUGUUCGGCACCCACAGGUUCCCGCGCGGCAUCUCAUCCUGCAGGACUUGCCCGAUUUUCUGAAGGAUGUCAAGCCCGAUUCUGCCUUCACGAUCCAGGCGCACGACUUCUUUACGCCACAGCCGCUGCGCGGGGCGAGAGCGUACUUCUUGCAUAACGUGCUGCACGACUGGCCUGACGCCACGGCGGUGGAUAUCCUCAAGAAUAUCGCGAGCGCCAUGGAGAGGGGCUACUCGAGGCUGUUGAUCCACGAGAGCUUGAUCAGCGAGAGGGCGCCGCUUUCGAAGGUGACAGCAACGGAUAUGAUUAUGAUGGCGGGGCUGGCGUCGGCCGAGAGGACGGAGGCGCAGUGGCGGGAGUUGAUUGCGGCGGCGGGACUGCGGGUUGUGAAGAUUUGGAGGCCGGUGCAAGCGGUUGAGAGUGUUAUCGAGACGGAGUUGGCUUGA